AUGGAGGCGAGCGCGGGCGGCGGCGGCGGCGGGGCGCGCAUCAAGCAGGAGCCAGGGGGGGCUGCAGAGCCUGCUGACCGCGAACAGUCCUUUGUAAAACUGGUGAAAAUCAAAACUAAGGCCCACUUUACCCACGCCGUUGCUGCCAUAACUGUUAAAGGCCCGUCUCCAUAUCGCGCGGCAAGCUAUCGAACAUUGGGUCGCGCGGCCGCCGCGCGCAAUGGAUACCGGGCCGCCGUGCGCCAACUCGAUCAUUGGCGCGCGAGCCACGCGCCGCGCAUAGAACCAUUCAUUGUCGGUAUUUCGACGCGCGGCAAAGGAAUGUUCGCGCGCAGUUGGGAUGGGUGCUCCACGUCACAGCAUCUCGUUGAUUAUAUAAUGCAUUAUGUUUUAGUAACUGUUAAGGAGGAAGCAGAAUUCGUGGAUGAAGACGGGUGCGGCGUGAGCGAGGCAGCCAUGCUGGCCGGCCUGUACGACGAGCACGUGGUCAAGGAGGAGCUCGUGCUGGGGCCGGAGUGCCCGCACCGCCCCAUAGUCGCGUCCGCUCUCGUCUCCUCCGCUGUGGAGUCCGGCCCCGAGGGGCGACCCAAUGUCAUCACCAUCUAUCACUGUCACCGAUGCGGCAAACGGUACAGGAACAGGCCGGCGAAGGAGGAACAAGGAGUGCGCAACUUACGCACUGACGAGAUGAUACACACUCGUGAUGACCUCUUUAAAUGUAACUACUGUGAUUACAAGUGUAAAGAGAAAACACUCUUACAGCCUCACCAGAUGACUCACACCGGUGUCAAGCCUUUUAUAUGUAAACACUGUGUCUGCAAGGGCAAUGCGGUAUCAAAUCACACCGAGGUCAAGCCGAUUCACUGCAGCGACUGUGACUACAAGUGCAAAAUACCAGCAGAACUACGACGUCAUCAAAUGACACACACGGGUGAAAAGCCUUUUCAGUGUAGGUACUGUGACUACAGGUGCCGCCACAGAGGACACUUACGAUCUCACGAGAUGAUACACACCGGUGACAAGCCCUAUAAAUGUAAAAACUGUGAUUACAAGUGCACGAAGACAACCGAUUUACGGAGACACCAGAUGAAACACACCGGGGAAAGGCCUUUCGACUGUAGGAACUGCGACUCCAAGUUCACAAGCAAACGAAAUCUACGACGUCAUCAAUCGGUACACACGGGUGAAAACACCUUCCAGUGUAGGUACUGCGACUACAGGUGCCGGCACAGAGGACACUUCCGAUUACACGAGAUGAAACACACCGGGGACGAAACAAACCCUUGACAUGUAACUAACUACUGUGAUUACAAGUGCACGACUCCCCGCGCCCGCCGCCGCGCCGCUCACA